AUGGCACAGACAUUAAUCGAGGGAGGUUAUAAUUCUAAAGACGAUUUGCAACAUGGUGAUGAAUUUUCUGAUAUAGUGAGGAAAGAUUUGUAUAUUGAUCGAAUUGGAAUUUCACCUGUAUUGAAAUGCCAGGUUGAUGCCGGAGAAGAGAAAAUGGUGAAUAUCAAUUCACAAUUGCAUUCAGACUCACUUGAAAGAACGAAUAACUCUAACAAUAGCAGUAGGGAAUACGAAUCUUCACCAGAAUCAAAUUUUCCCUACACGCCUAUUGAUUCAUUAGAAUCAUGUACAUCAAAUUCUUCUGUUGGCCAUGAAAUGAUACAGAGCAUAGACGAUCAUGGUAUAUUCCGAUCCCAUAUAUUGGACGAUGAUUUCAGUAGUAAAGUCGAUAUUUUCAUAAAUAACACAGAAACAAAUACAGGAAAUGAAUUAUUGCAGAAUGAUAAAGAAUGCGUAAAUCCCCUGCAUAAUGACAAAAUAGAUCUAGAACAAGAUAAUACUACUGGAAAAUUCCUAAUCGAUGAUUUUGAAUUGGAUAAAGAAAUUGAACAAAUGAUAUAUUCUUUUAAUGGGCGACCAAAAAGCAUACACCCCGAGCCUGGGCUGGAGAAAAACGUUCAUAUACCCAGUGUCGCUGUUUCAAAAUCACAAGAGCUUUCUAAGAAACCGAACGAUGGGAGACAACUUGAAUCGGUUCUGCCUGCUCAGGCUCAAUUUCCACGUAAAAGAGCCAAUUCCAGCAACAAUAGUACAAAAAAAAACGAAGGAACUAAAAGGAGGAAGAAUAAGACAGGAAAACCGAAUGCACAGCCACAAAAUUCUAUUUCUAGUUCAUCGAAUGAAGAGAACAAGUUUUUGAAAUGUUUUUCCAUUUUGAGAACCAACUAUUUAUCACUAUGUGAAUCAUAUAAUAAAGUACUAGAUAAACUCGAAUUUGUCGAAGAACAAAAUAAGGCUUUACUUGAGAAAACAAAGGCAGUUAGUGACAGUGAAAGGGAAAAAUGGAAGAUGGAAAAAGAUAGAUUUCUAUUGGAGAGAGAAGACAUGAAGGCUUAUUUGGAUGGCUUACUUCACGAGGUAACUGUGUUAAGACAGCGAGAAAAGGCAAGAGAGGAUGAUGGUAGAUCAAGGCAUUGCAAACUUUAG